AGCAAGCACAAGUGAGACGAGAGGAUCUGAUGAUCUGGGCUGAAGUGAGACGGAGCAAGCGGCUCCCGAGUCAACCUGGUGAGGCGCCUACGCUUGUGAAGCCCCAGCUCUCCAAAACCAAUUGCCACUCUAGGGUUCCUCAAUUUUGCUCCUCGGUCGACUUCGAUGAGCGAAACCUGCAUCCCCACGCCCGUUCUUCGUUCGAUCCAGUUCUCUAUAUGGAUUGAAGGCCGGAUCGGCCGACGCCUCCAAAAUUCACGCUGUUUAAAUCCGACACCCCGGGGACAAAUUCCGAUAGGACUGGCCAGGACUGCUGAUCGAGACGAUUCAAGACCAAGCAACAGAAGAAAGGGAAGGAUUCGGUCGAGCUAUCUUAACCUUAGUGAUGGUUCCGGCGACAAAGAAGCAAAGUUUGCGCCCUUGGAGGAGUUCGUAGAGAUAAGGUCCGGCGGCGGAGAAGCGGAGAAUGUGGUGACGGAAUCUACAAGGGAGGACGAAAGAGAUGGCUUUGAAGGUUCCUUUCCAUCUACGUUUGAUUUUCUUGAAUUGAAGCGGGAGUUCGAAAAGGAGGAGGCCGCGAGUGGUCUGAUAGGUCCUGAGGAGAAUGAUUUCAUUCCGCCUGGAGGUGAUGGAAGCGUGGCACUGGAAUCUGAUGAGUCGGGGGAGCUGGUCGAGCAGGUGGAUCCUAAAGGCCGAAGGCAGAUGCUGAAAAGAUCGAAUCUAUUGGCAAAGCAGGUUAUCAGCAUGCGCUCUGCUCGGAGCUUAGGUUUUGUCUCGCAGUUGUGGGUCGAUACAAGAUCGUGGAUGGUGGUUUUGGUUGAAGUAAGGCUUAAUUUGCUAUCAGGAGAUAUGGAGAAGUUCCUUCUUGAGGAUGUAAGACAGGUUGGGGAUGUCGUGCUUGUAGAGGAUGAGAGUGUUACAGAUAAUGAAUUAAAAAUGAUUGGACUCGAUACUUUGGUAGGUUACAAGGUUGUAACAUCAGCCAGGCGCAAUGUUGGUAAGGUUCGUGGCUAUUCAUUUAACAUAAAUUCUGGAGCUGUUGAAUCACUUGAGCUCGAUUCUUUCGGCUUCUCCAUUAUCCCUUCUAGUCUGGUAAGCACAUACUGUCUGUUGACUGAAGAUGUUCUUGAAGUAGUAUCUGACACAGUCAUAGUGCAUGAGGGUGCUGUUUCUCGAGUACAGAGACUAACAAAGGAUGCAAGCUGUAUAUGAUGAGAAAUAACAAUCACCAUGAUAUCUAUGCUCAACUAUACGAGAUUUGAGCUUGUCACUAAAACACUCAAGUCAGUUUCAAAGGGUAGAAACACUACUUAGACAAUUUAUUUGCUACCAUUUGCCUUGAGCUCGAUUUGCUGCCUUCAUAGGAUAGUUAGGAACUUAGGAUUACCAUCAGUUGCAGGUUUCUAACAAUAGUUCUGGUUUUAUGGAGAUAGCCAGAGACACUUCCCCUUCUCCCAAGAGGUCGUCUUCAUUACUACUUCAGACGGCAGUGUAACUUAAACUUGAAUCAAGAAUGAAAUGAGUUGAUAAAUUUCUUACUUGACGAUGUGCUAAUCUGCUAGCUAAUAUAUGGAUAUAUUUGUUCAAUGUUUCUAUGCAUUUUUUGUUUUAUUUUUCAUGAUUAUUGGACUUGGCAACAUCACUGGAUGUGCUCUGCGCUCUUUGUACACGUUUGAUGUUGAUUUAUCUGAAUCCAUUCCAUGUCAAUGUGCUUAAAUCUUAGCCUUUCUGCUGGAGUUGUCAUACUAACAGAAUAAACAUUAGUGCUGGAGUUAUCACACCAU